CCCCCUUCUUCUUCUCUAUUAUCAGCUCUCAUUCUACCUAAUGCAGCCACAACCGAGGAGUUUUCACAACAUUGGGACGUCUUCUUUGCAUCCUUCAGAAGUGCCGGUAGCUUUAAGUCUUCUGCAGAGGUAUGAAAGUGAAUUUUGUCUCUUUUUUUUUUGUGUUCUGCGGGAUAUCUGUACUGCACACCAAACGAUCUGACAAAAGGGAUGAAAAGCUGAUGCCUGAGGCUGUGUGACAUGUACAAACAGUCACGCUUGUACACAGUAAAUGGAAUUAUUGUAUUUUUUUCAUAUUUUGGAUUCUUUCCAAACGUCACAUGGGGAGAAACAUACUUUCAUUCCAACACUGUUGACAGACAAAGAUGUGAGGGAGAGGAAUUUUUUUCAUUAUCAUAAUGUCAGGACUGGCUUAUUGUCCCGGAAGAAAUGAAAAAGAAAAUAAACGUAUCCACGGGACUGAGAAUAAGGACACAGAUUGUUUGCAGGAGCUGUCCGAGUGUCCUGCUUGUAAAAGACACAAUGAUGUUACCCUGAUCCUGCCAUGCUCUCAUACCAUGUGUGUGCACUGUAUGUCUGCCCAAGAGGCCAAGCGGUCUGGUCGGUCCCCCCGACAAGAUUUGAACUGCUCUGUGUUGUGUCCACUGUGUCGCUACCAUGUGGAGCUGCCCUGCGAGACGUGGUCGUCUGCUUUGUCUUGUCUCCCGCGAUAUCCCACCCUAAAGUUCAAGACUGACAAACGGGAGGUGGCUUCUGAACCACAUCAACUGCAAGGGGAAACCUACUCUCUGGUUGCUAAUGAAGACACAGCGCAAUGUUCCAGUGCUUGCAGUUUCACAAUACCACCAGCUGAGAGCAAUGUGGAUCUACAGGAGGAGGAGAUGGAGAGCUCUGUAUUUGGUUUGCGCUUUGCUUUGGACCCAUUAACUGCCCCCACCUCCCUCCACCUUUCCAACUCCUUGCUCAUUGUCACUUACCGAGGAAUAAGCCCUACUUGUCCACUUCCAAAUGUCAGGAGGUUGAUGAUGACCUCUGACCCUGGCGUUACGCAGGACCUCCCUGAGGUUUGCACUGAUGUCAUCAUCGCUCAGGGCCAAUAUUACUGGGAGGUAGACGUCUACAACAGCUCCAUCUAUAAAAUUGGUGUGAGCUCACUGCACAAUUCUAAAGGCUGGUGGCUGGAAAGACACGGUUUGUCGUUUUGCGCCGUUUACGAUGGGUGCAGGGAGCCCCUUGUAACGGUCCCUCCUCAGAUCAAAACUCUCGGACUCUUCCUUAACUUUGGAGGGGGUACUCUUAGCUUCUACAAUGUUGUGACCCAAGAGCAUCUCGUCACCCUGCCUACGUGUUUCAAUGCCUCGGGAGUGCUUCCUACUCUGGGCCUCGGCCAGGGCUGGCUACGGUUGCGUUGCGGCCUCCCACCUCCCCCCUAUGUGUUCCUCAGUAAAAACUCAACCUACAGACAUCCUUGUGGGUCCAGUAGAGGCCGAUGGCAAAAGGAUAUCACCUUCCGAUCAGUGGGUAAAGUGAUUCAGAAGUUUGAGGAGAUGUCUGCAGCAAACUCCAGUUCGAUGCCUGGUUUUGGAUCACAUUGCUCCUGUGGACACCGGGGGACUAAUCCUUCUGGGCUUGCAGAACAGGAAGCCGGGCCUAAAUAAGACAAUCCUUCUCUAAAAUGGAAACAACCACUGACUGACGGACUCACAAAUCCCCAGAAAGGUUUGAUCUAUGGCUGCAAUUUGAAAGGCAAAUGUUCCAUCUUGAAGGACUUGCGGAUCCUCCUUCCAUUCUCGGUGUGACCCCCGCUGGUCGGGGCUUGGGCUGGAAUGAGUCCUAUAUUGUAAAGUGUGAGGAAUGGGUGGGCUUCUAACAGCGGGACGCCUUGAUUUUUCUCAGUGUGACGGUUGUCAGACGGUAGGGGUCCUCACACUAUAUCAGCACGUCCUCGUAUACUUGGGUAUGAGCACUAAAACCAUAAGUGCGGGCUUUUGCCAAGCUGCGGGAAUAAGGUAUAAUCAGCAGGGGGCAAGAUAGUGAGGUGCGAGUACAGUAACACCGGCGGCGUUGACUUAGAGCAGCAGAGACAGGUGGUACCACAUGUUUGCCCCACGCUCUGCCUUUCGAUAGGACAGUGGGGCUGCCCUUUUUUGACCCUUUGAAAACCACAGGGCUCCCGAAAACUUCAAAAGGGACAGCAGAGAGCAAGCGAACCGGGAGUGGGGGAAAGAGAAAACAGCAUGCAUGAAUUAAAGACAGCAGGUGACGGUAAAAAAGAAAUGAGCUGAGGGAGCUUUCAAGCCAAGAAUCCCUGAAUAGAUCAAAUGUCUUCCGAGGCCGAGAAUUGAUUUAAAAGCAGCAAUGCGCCACAUAAGCCACCGUCUACAUUUGUAAUUGUCUUGUGAUUUUCUUUUUGUCUGCAUUAUUUCAAUAUCUGGCUUAUUUUGUGUCCACAUUUCACAGGUUCAAGUGUUUUGUUAAAAAUAAUCGUGAGCAAUAAAGUCUUCAAAAUAUACUAUUCAAGAAAGAGGGUGUCCAUAGUUUUGCAGCCCAUGUACAUUCCAUAAAUAUAAUUAUAUGACAAAAAGAUGAAAAAAAGCAGAAACAUCGAGGAAAAUAGUGAAAAAACUUUGGAUCUUGUGAUCAGGGUAUCAUGCUGCCGAUUCCGAUACCGAUCAUCAGUGAGUGAGAUCGGCCGAUGCCAAUACUGAUCACAUAUAUUAACUGUACAUUUUUCAAUGACAACAGAAAAUCUACUCACUAUUUAAACUAGUUCCUUAUUGUCUUUCAAUACAAAUAAUUGUUUGAGGAUAAACACUUCGCAAUACCUAAACAAAAGCAGAAACUACAAUCUACUUCUCAUUUAAAUCCUUUUGGGUUUUGCUCUCAAAGUCCCCCCCCCGUCCAGGAACUUAUUCCCUAAGUAUGAAGACAUUAACGAAACCAACGAAAAAACAUUUUGAAAAAACAGCAAUAUCAACCUGGAUCGUCUACUGAUACAACCCUGGGAAUCGACACAACCAAUUUAUGGAUCGAUCCCCUCUCCUCCUAUGUGUUGUGCACUGACUGUGACAUUGCUGACACACAAACAAUUGCCGUAAUAUUAUCCUCACUCUCGACCUGGGGUCUUAAAGUCUUAACCCGCAGGCCGAUAAUAAAUGGCCUUCAUUCAUUCACUUAAUUUCAUGGUUGGCUAAUAGUUAAAUAUAAUAUGGCAAUCAGUGGUGGGCCGUGCAUUUCACAACUAAGCCUUCAGCGAUGUCCUACUUAAUCCGACUUAGUCCGAUCACCUCUCAUGAUGGUAAGUGGAGUAAUGGGUGGGCUUUCUCCAGCUUUGGUCGCUACAGGACCACAGCUGGAGACAUACUAUACAAAAAUCAAUCAAUCAAUCUAAUUUUAUUUAUAAAGCACUUUUCAUGCAUAAAAAAUGCAACACAAAGUGCUUUACAGACUUAAAAAACAAUGCUCGAUGACCCACCUCCCUCAUCAUCAAUUGCAUACAGACACACAUGAAUGCAUGGCUGAGAACAGAGGAACCAGGUGAAGAAACACUAUCACCGGAGCCGUCUGUACCAGGGAGUCAUCACGCCACUGCCACCAAGAUGCUGACACAAAGCAUUCCCACAGCCAGGGCCGAUAUAUUCCUUAAAGCAAAGGGUUACCUCUGAGGAACGCUGCAGUACAAACAAUAAAAUAUGCAAAAUAGUAAGAACCAUGAGUAAGAAUAAAGAAUAAAAUCAAGAAAAACAUAUUAUGAAGAUAAAAAAUUCAAACAUAUAUAGUAAACAUACAAUAAAUAAAAUCUAGCAUAACUAAUAAGAAAUGUAAAGGAAAGUACGAUUGACUAUGUGCUGUGUUUGGAGACACAUCCUUCGCUGCUAGCGUCUUGUCAGUCUAAAAAUUAAUAUAAUAAAUAUUGACGAUUGUGAUCGGAAUUGAAAUGUCACGGCUUAGGUGCGCAUUCAUCUGUGCACUGGGUGCGCGCCACCCUGACUGCAGCAGGUGACUGCAUUUAGUCGGCUCAAUCAGCAAUCUACACACCUGUCGCUGAAGAGCUUCAGUGCCGUCUUAAGCCAGUGCAAACCUGCGUCCCGGGCCAGAACGUAGCGAUCUGUUCCAGUACAGUAAGCCGACUCAUCAAGCUCGAUGCACAAACUCUGUCUGUGUUUUCUCCACCUCCGUGUUAAUUUGUCUCGUGUUCCCUUGUCGUCUUCCAGCAGCCUUUCGCGUCACGAGCUGUGUCUCGUAUUCCCGUAUUUCCUCUGGUUCCCUGGCUGUCGCUUGGAUCUCGACCUCACGCCUCGCCCCUGCCCUUUACCUCACGCCAGCGCACUGACCUCCGAGCCUGCCUUGCCCCCUCUGAGAUUU